AUGGCGGACGGUAAUGAUAGGAACGAUCUUACCAUGGAUAUUCCGUCAUUCUCAUCUCCAUCAACGCCGUCUCCGUCGAUUCCGCUCCAGGUAUGCGGCUCUCUCACCGGCGACACCGUUCAAGUCCAAGGCGACACCGGCGAGCUGCAAUUCUCCGUCCAAUUCAACAUCCAUAGAAAGGACCACCGUUCGUCCGCCACCGUCAACAACUUUUCGAAGACAAACAUUCCCGUAGUUGAAAGCGCACGCGAUUCCUCCGACACCUUCAACCAACUUCCAAACACGAACAUUCCAGAACCUGAAAACGCCGGUGGCGCCGUCGAAUCCGCGCCGUGUUCUUCGCACCGGACUCCACCUUGUACUCGCGAGACCUUGAUUUACAACGACGAAGCAAUUUCUGAGAACGAAGAAACUUCACAGGUAAACAAGGUGAUUACGAGGCUGCGGAGCGGCGCUUUGACUCCGGUGAGGUACUAUCCAGCCAGGCAGCAGCGCAGCGCUUCCGCUAGCACGUCGGAGAAGAGGAGAGCGAGAGCGGAGACGAAACGAAAGGCAGCUGAGAGCACAGGCAGAAGUCAUGACGUGUUCGCCAAAAUGCUCCGGCGCCGGAGCCUGCCUGUACGGCCGUGCAACGCCUACGCGUACUUCCUGAUCGGCAACUGGCGCGCAGUUGAGCGCGCCUCAUUUGAAGAAACAAGCCGGCGAUUGAGCAACAAGUGGAUCAGACUCACCAAAGAUAAGAAGAAGGAGUACGAAGACAUGGCGUCGAAGGACAAUGAACGGUACAGGAAACAAUGCAUGCUGCUGAAGAACGCUAUCGAACAAGAGCAAAACACAUCUUCCAGAGCUUGCUAAGAUAUGUGUUAUGAAAUACAUACAUUCAUGG